AUGGGCCGGACUAUUGUCUUAAGAAAAUAUAAUCUCAAAACCCAAAUCUGCUAACAUAUAUCGAACAAAAAACCUCAGGAACUCUUGAAAACUUGUUAAAUGUUGAGAGCUAAAACCCCUAAAUCCUCAAUUCAACAAAGCUUCGUUCUUUAUAUUCUCCGCCAAUUUGGUUCUAGAAACAAAGAAAUUAGUGUUGAUUCGACUCGUACGUACCAAUCAGGGCCUGCUUCAAGCCCAAGCUUAUCGAUAUGGAGACGGAAGAAAGAAAUGAGCAAAGAAGGUUUAAUCGCAGCCAAAGAGCUCAAGCGUCUCCAAACCCAAUCAGUCCGACUUGAUCGAUUCAUUGGUUCUCAUGUCUCUCGUCUCCUUAAAUCCGAUCUCGUUUCCGUUCUUGCUGAAUUUCAGAGACAAAACCAAGUGUUCCUCUGUAUGAAGCUCUAUGAAGUAGUGAGGAGAGAAAUAUGGUACAGACCGGACAUGUUUUUUUACAGAGACAUGCUAAUGAUGCUUGCAAGAAACAAGAAAGUUGAUGAAACCAAGAAAGUAUGGGAAGAUUUAAAGAAAGAAGAGGUUUUGUUUGAUCAACAUACAUUUGGAGACCUUGUUCGAGGGUUCUUGGAUAAUGAACUUCCUUUAGAAGCAAUGAGAUUGUAUGGAGAGAUGAGAGAGUCUCCUGACCGGCCUUUAUCUCUGCCUUUUCGAGUUAUUUUGAAAGGACUCGUUCCUUAUCCUGAGUUGAGAGAGAAAGUUAAAGAUGAUUUCUUGGAGCUUUUCCCUGGAAUGAUUGUAUACGAUCCUCCUGAGGAUAUAUGUGAAGAUAGUGAUGAAGAAGCAAGAACAGAUAGCGAUCUUGAAUAG